CCACCACGUCGGCUUGAAGCUUCAGCCUCAACUGGUGACCCUCGCCGGCGCCGACGCCAACACCUCCUCCGCCCCCGCCCAUGCCCGCGCGCUCCGCCGAGGACCUCAUCAACUGGCCACCCUCUUGGACCUCAUCAUCCUCUGUUGCGCUGCUGUUUUUUGCUGAGCAAUAUUCCACCACCGCUGCGUCGAUUUCCUCUCCGGACGUGAUGACGUCUCCUAGCUCCCAGGCAAUGACCCUAUCGCACCCAAGCUCCGGGCGCCAUUUCUACCUCGCCGUUGACCGCCUCCAGUUCAAGAUGAGGACACUACUGGAGCUCCUAGGUGUUGUCUCUGACCGCCACGGCUCGGUACCCAUUGCCAUAUGUGUUUCAUCCCGGGAUGAGCUAGAUGCUGUCUGUGCUGCUGUUGCCAACCUCCCCUUUGUAUCCUUAUCACCGCUGUACAGCGAUCAAGAUGAAGCUGAGCGUGCAUCUGUCCUUGAGAAAUCCCGUCGGGCAGCAAUACAGCGAAAUCAGAUUGAAGAUACUUCUAUUGAUGGAAGUCCCAAGCCUGAAAGUGUGGUCUUGAAGCUAAAUAUUACAGUUGUAACAGAUGCUUGCUUGCCUUCGGCGGCGAUGGGAGAGGCUCCCCUUAUGUCUCGUGUGCUGAUAAACUAUGAAUUGCCUACAAAGAAGGAGGCUUACUUAAGACGUGUAUCAGCAUGCUUGGCAACAGAUGGAAUCGUGAUUAAUAUGGUGGUUGGUGGUGAGGUAGCUCUUCUAAGGUCUCUAGAAGAAACCAGUGGAUUCGUCAUUGCAGAGAUGCCAAUACAUGUUUCUGAGAUAUUAUGACAGUCUCAAUUCGCUUCAGAAAUUACUGUUGCACUUAACUAUCCCAGUUUCUAUUGGUGCUACAUUGAAUUGUGGGAUUACUCUUUGCUUCCUUCAUGUGUGGAUUGCUCUUAAAAUUAGGUUUCAGAAUAAUGGGAUUGAUGUUUAUUACUUCUAUUUACUGAGAAAUUGACAGUUUUUGUGCUUAAAAGUCCUUAUCUAUCUAUAUACUUCUAUUUCAA